AUAGCAACAGCUGACGUUCCUCCGCACCAUAGUUACGUAGCGCGUGAUGUCACGCCCCGCCCGCAGCCAUGCGUACUGAGCUUGUUAUCGGGUCGCUUGUUAUGACUGGAGAAGGCCUCGGACUCAAUUAAAACUUAUCCCCGGGACAGCCGCAUGCUCAUGGAGGGCAUGGACAUAGACCUGGAUUCGGAGCUCAUGCAAAAAUUCAGCUGCAUGGGCACCACGGAUAAAGAUGUCCUCAUCUCGGAGUUCCAGAGGCUGCUGGGCUUUCAGCUCAACCCGGCGGGCUGCGCCUUCUUCCUGGACAUGACCAACUGGAACCUACAAGCAGCUAUUGGUGCAUAUUAUGACUUUGAGAGUCCAAAUAUCAACACGCCGUCAAUGUCUUUUGUGGAAGAUGUGACGAUUGGAGAGGGGGAGUCCGUUCCUCCAGACACACAGUUCACAAAGACAUGGAGGAUACAGAACACAGGUACAGAGUCGUGGCCCCCAGGUGUGUGUCUGAAGUAUGUUGGCGGGGAUCAGUUUGGUCAUGUGAACAUGGUGAUGGUGCGUUCUCUGGACCCGCAGGAGAUCUCAGACGUGAGCGUGCAGAUGCGCAGUCCGGCCGUUCCUGGCAUGUACCAGGGUCAGUGGAGAAUGUGCACUGCCACCGGACUCUUCUACGGAGAUGUGAUCUGGGUGAUCUUGAGUGUGGAAGAAGGAGGCCUGCUGGGCGUCACACAGCAGUUAUCCUCCUUUGAGACAGAGUUCAACACGCAGCCACACCGCAGUCUGGAGGGAGAUUUCAACCCUUUCGCCUCACCACAGAAGAACAAGCAGGACACCAAUGAGGAUCAUCUAAAAGACCCCGGGGGCCACUGGGAGGCCCCUCUGGACUCCAUUCAGCAAGAUCAAAAUGGACUCAAUCACAGCUCUGUAAAUAUUACACCAAAUGGUCUCCAAAACAACUUAUCAGUAGUGACUUACAGCCAGGGCAUUAAUGGACCCUUCCCGUUCGGACAGUCUUAAGAUACAGAAACCACCCGGUAGCUCAUCAGAGCUGCUGCUUUUGCCCUUUUCCAGGGUUCAGUGAGAGGAGGAAGAGAUUUACUCUAAAGACUUGGUGACCCUUCCUCUCCCCCGACGCACCAGAACAUCUCACAAAUGUGUGGACAAAUCUGUUUGGCUCCAAAUCAAUAUUGAACCAACACCUGAGUUACGCAUGUGUGAAUGCUAGAUUUAGAUGAGUGCUAGAAAUUCUAAAGAGAUAUAAUGAAAAA